AUAGGUUAGAGAUUAUCACGAAAAUUCAUCGAUCAAAUUGAUGAAUAUCAUGUUUACAAACACAAACAUAUAAAAUUGACGUGGCAGAUGGAUUCAUGAAUGAAUGAACCUGGCCGAUAUUCUGUUCUGUUUGGAUCAGGAACCGGCUACAACACGUAUAGUUGGUGGUGGCAGUAAUGGUGGUACAACAAAUCCAUUAGCAAUGUUAACAGCACAAUGCAAUAAAUUAGCAUCGAAAACACCACCACCAUUGGCUGAUGCAGCCGUUGGUAAAAGUUUUCAUCCAUGGAAAAAAGCAACAUCAUCAUCAGCUUCAUCAAAUUCAACGACAACAAAUACAACGACAAACACAACCGGAAAUAAUCAUAAUCAAUCGAUUUCACCACCAAUCAAUCAUCAUACACCAUCACCAAAUUCAGCAGCACCACCAAAUGCUGGUUUACCUCAACAACGAGCAUCAUCAUCAUCGAAUGAUGGUUCACCACCAACAUCGAUGGGUCAAUCUAUGUAUAAUACAUCACAUUCAAAUAAUAAUAAUAAUCGGUCACCAUUGAAUUCAACGCCCAAUUCUAAUAAUAAUAAUAAUAAUAAUAAUAUUUCAAAUAUCGGUUAUAAUACAGAUAGUAUAUUUAGUGUAUAUCAACCGGCACCACCUCAUUCUUCUGUGACUAAUUCCUGUAUGUUAGAUGGAAGUGGUAAUUUAGGUUCAACAGGACAAUCUUCGAGCUUUUUCAGUAAAAUGCAUUCACAUCAUCCUCAUCAUCAUCAUCCGGGUGAUCAUCAUACACACGCACAUCAUACGAAUCAUAUUGCUACGAAUAAUCAUCAUCUUGGCACCAGUCAUAUGUAUUCUCGAAUGGCUAAUCCAUAUGCUGUAGAUAGCUGGCCAUUUGGAAUGAAUACUUCUGGUCAUCAUCAUGGGGCUUGUAUUAAAAAUGAGCCCGUUUCACAAUCGACAUUGAAUCAUCAUCCAGCCUCCCAUCAUCAUCAUCAUUCAUCAAAUUGGUGGGAAAUGCCCACUGCGACUAGUAGUUGGCUUGAUAUGGCACCUACAUCUGCGACUACCGGUACUGGACUUCAUACUGGGUUACAAUCUAAUGCAUAUGGUUCAUCAGCUUCUGAUUAUGGCCUUGGAUCAUCAUUAGCAGCCGCUGCUGCCGCAGCACAAUCGGCUGCAGCUGCGGCAACUGCCCAUCCACUACUUUCUGCAUCUGGUCAACAUUUGUUGCAAGAUACGUAUAAAUCGGUGUUGCCUACCAGUCACCAGAAUCCCACGUCAACAUCACCAUUUGGUCUAUCUACGGCACCACAAUCAACGACUGCAGCGAUCACUGCCUCGGUUCCUCCUGCUGCUUCAUCGGCCAAUCAAUCAUCAUUGACAACAACAACAACGACAACAACAUCAUCUCGAUCACAACGUCGAUAUACUGGGCGUGCUACCUGUGAUUGUCCCAAUUGUCAAGAGGCCGAACGUUUAGGACCGGCUGGUGCUCAUCUACGCAAAAAGAAUAUCCAUAGUUGUCAUAUACCAGGCUGUGGUAAAGUUUAUGGAAAAACAUCACAUUUAAAAGCACAUUUAAGAUGGCAUACUGGUGAAAGGCCAUUCGUUUGUAAUUGGCUUUUUUGUGGCAAACGUUUUACACGUUCAGAUGAAUUACAGCGUCAUUUGCGAACACAUACUGGUGAAAAACGUUUUUCAUGUCCAGUUUGUAAUAAACGUUUUAUGCGCUCCGAUCAUCUUAGUAAACAUGUUAAAACACAUAAUGGUAAUGAAAAUAUUAUUGGCAAUGGUAAAAAAGAAAAUGGAAAUUGUAGCGAUAAUGAAAAUAAUAAUAAUCAACAGGCAACACCUAAUCAUCAUCAAAUGUCAACACCACCCGGUCUAAUGCCAUCCGAAUUAUCGAUCAAAUGGUGAUGUUUAUAUUAAUAAUAAUAAUGAUGAAAAUUAGAUGAGCUCGAUAAAUAUAUUUA